AUGAAUGAUCCCGUUACUCGCGGAUCAGCCAAUACUAUGUUAGCCUUCCAUCUUGACCUGACUUGCAUUAUAUCAGUUCCCGUUUUCGCCAAAAUUAUAGGUUCUCCCUUAACUCCGAUCGAAUCCAUAAAUUAUGGUAUACUCUCAACUGCAAGAUUAUUUAGAGCAAAAAAUUUAUAUGGACCUUUUGAUGAUAUCGUAUCAAUCAAUUUUGGAAAUUGA